AUGACUUUCAAAGUGGCGGCUUUCAUCUGGGCAUUGGCUGCCUUUACAGGACUGUCCCAUCAAUCCCCAACACUGCACCGUCGCGACAAAGCCUCAGAUCCGUUGAGCUUCAGUAAAGAUGGCAACUUCAAGAUCUCCAUCUUCGAAGAUCUUCAUUUUGGAGAGAACGCCUGGGAAGCAUUCGGCCCUGCUGCAGAUAAGAAAACUGUCGGUGUCAUCACCAAGGUGCUAGAUGAUGCCAAGCCAGACUUGGUGGUACUAAACGGCGACCUCAUCACUGGAGAAAAUGCCUUUGCAGAAAACGCAACAUUCGUGCUCGAUCAGUUGGUGAAGCCAAUAGUCGAUCGGAGUAUUCCCUGGGCUAGUACUUACGGUAACCACGACUAUCAGCAAAAUGUUACGGGGAGCGAUAUCAUGGCGCGCGAGAAACAAUGGCCAAAUUCUCGAACGCAAAAGAUGGUCAGCGACUCCAACGCUGGUGUAUCCAAUUAUUACCUACCGGUUUAUGCUUCCGACUGCACGAAAGACGAUUGUACGCCGGAGCUGGUGUUAUGGUUCUUUGACAGCAGAGGCGGCUACUAUUUCAUGCAGACUGGAUCGAAUGAUGCAGCGAAGUUGGUGGGCCAGCCCAACUGGGUCGACGAAAGUGUCGUCAACUGGUUCAAGUCCACCAAUUCGGAUCUCAACAAGAAACACAACAAGAAUAUUCCGGGUGUCGCAUUCGUUCACAUCCCACCAAAGGCCUCGAGUGCCAUCCAGUCGCAGGGCAUCGACCCCGAGAAGAACCCUGGGAUCAAUGACGAUUCUCCGCUGUCGUAUCAAGCUCAAGGCUGGUGCAAAGAUGGAAGUCAAAAAGAGUCCUGCGACUACGGCGGCCAAGAUUCGGCAUUCAUGAAGGCGGUUGCUGAUAGCCCGGGCAUGAUUGGAGUGUUCAGCGGUCACGACCAUGGGAACAGUUGGUGCACUAAGUGGAAAGGCUCUGUCAGCGGUGUUUCUGUUGACGGAACGGGCGUCAACCUGUGUUUUGGUCAGCAUACAGGCUAUGGAGGAUACGGAAAUUGGAUCCGAGGUUCGAGGCAAUUGUCUUUCACCCGUGAUAAACUGUCAAAGGGGGAGCUUGACACGUUUAUUAGAUUGGAGUCUGGAAACAUUGUUGGAUCGAUUACUUUAAACUCCACUUACGGAGAAGAUAAGUAUCCCACAACUCCAGACGACAGGACAUAA